AUGGUCAUAAGAGCGAAUCCAAAUGAAUCAGUUUCUGAUUUAAGAGAUAAAUACUUUGCUGAAUGGUUUGAGGACAGAGUUGAAGAACGGUUUGAGUCACCCCUUACUGUAACUCGUGUGGAACCACUGUGCCUAGCCUCAACUAUAAAUACAUACGAGCAAAUAUAUGAUGAAGAGAAUGAUAGAAUGGAGGAGGAAGUCAAAGAAGUGGAAGAUUUUGAAGACGGAGGUGAUGAAAACAAGUUUUAUUAUUCAGAAGAAGAAUUUGAAGACGAAGAUGAUGGGGACGAAUGUUAG